AUCAAAAUAAGACUCGCGUCCUGAUUGGUCCAGCUAUCGUCUUGUAAAAUUGAUUAAUAAUUUCCAUCCUUUAUUGCGUCCUCUUGCAACCGCAAAAUAGCGUGGCUGCUCUGAAAGUGUGGUUUGGAAACAAUCGCUCCUCGACUUCCAUUUAAUAGAGUCAAGAUGCCUCACGCUUACCCAUUCCUCUCUCCUGAGCAGAAGAAGGAGCUGAGUGAUAUUGCUCAGAGGAUUGUUGCCCCUGGCAAAGGCAUUCUGGCUGCAGAUGAGUCUACAGGUAGCGUGGCCAAACGGUUCCAGAGCAUCAAUGCUGAGAACACUGAGGAGAACAGGAGACUGUACCGCCAGCUUCUGUUCACCGCUGAUGACCGCGUCAAGCCCUGCAUCGGCGGCGUCAUCCUCUUCCACGAGACCCUCUACCAGAAGACCGAUGAUGGCAAACUCUUCUCCCAGUUCCUGAAGGAGAGGGGCAUGGUGGUUGGCAUCAAAGUUGACAAGGGUGUGGUUCCCCUGGCCGGCACUAAUGGAGAGACCACCACACAAGGUCUGGAUGGACUGUACGAGCGCUGCGCUCAGUAUAAGAAAGAUGGGGCAGACUUUGCUAAAUGGAGGUGUGUGCUGAAGAUCACCCCUACAACCCCUUCAACACUGGCCAUCAUUGAGAACGCCAAUGUGCUCGCGCGUUACGCUAGCAUUUGCCAAAUGCAUGGCAUUGUGCCCAUCGUGGAGCCUGAGAUUCUUCCCGAUGGAGACCAUGACCUGAAGAGGUGCCAGUAUGUGACCGAGAAGGUUCUGGCUGCUGUGUACAAGGCCCUGUCAGACCACCAUGUCUACUUGGAGGGCACUCUGCUCAAACCCAACAUGGUGACCGCCGGGCACUCGUGUUCCCAGAAGUACACCCCUCAGGAGGUGGCCAUGGCGACUGUCACAGCUCUUCGCCGCACUGUUCCUCCCGCUGUGCCUGGUAUCACCUUCCUGUCUGGAGGCCAGAGUGAGGAGGAGGCCUCACUCAACCUAAAUGCCAUUAACCAGUGUCCCCUGCAGAAGCCCUGGGCCCUGACCUUCUCCUACGGUCGUGCCCUGCAGGCCUCUGCACUCAAAGCCUGGGGUGGCAAGAAGGAGAACAGCAAAGCCUGCCAGGAGGAGUUCAUAAAGAGAGCUCUCAACAACAGCCAGGCCUGUGUUGGGAAGUAUGUGUCUUCAGGAGAUAAGGGCGCUGCUGCUGGAGAGUCUCUCUUUGUGGCCAAUCAUGCCUACUAAUCAGCCAAUUUUACAUUCACAAUCCUCAGCUUAUUCUGAAAGAAUCACUGAAACAAAACUAUGAAACAAUGAGAUUUUACUUCAAAGAGUUAUAGUAAUUUAAUAAUGUAUUUUUGCCCUUCUCCUCCUCCUCCUCCUUCCACUUUUAAUAACACUCCCAGGUAUUGUAAUGUUUAACUUUUUUGAAGCAUGUUGCUCUUGUACUUGUAAUACUUAUGCUAACUGUAUUUGACCUGCACAAAGCACAUAUGCCUUUCAGGGGUAUAUUAUUAUUAUUAUUGUUGUUGUUGUUGUUUUUGAUGUUUAAUAUGAUACACACUGGAGUAAAAAAACAUUAAAGUAUCUUUCAUGGCUAACCUAA